UAGACCGAGAAGCAACGGCAAUAGUGAUCGCGGCGGGAGGAUUCUCGUAACAGUGGUAGACCCAAAGAAUUUGCCAAGUGGAAUCUGACGUCAGAACGUAUUAUCGGCCUUUUAGUUCAACGAAUCAUAAAGGGUGCAGCUGCUCGGCUCCAUUAACAGGAAAAUAUAACAAUGGAAAAAGCCUUAAAAAAAAAAUCCCAAACGAUUGGUUUCCAUAACGUAAACAUUUAUUGACGUUGGUCUUGUGCUCUUUAUUUUUUAUCAAAUAAUUUCGGAAAUAAAGUUCUCAAAGGGCAACCAUAUGAUCUCUUUUAUAAAAUAAAAAAAAUAGUAAUAAUAAAUACCUAUACAGAACAAGUCAACUCUGUCCUUCUACAUCUCCUCUUUAAACGUUUCAUACAAAUUUCAGAACCCGAGUUAACGAACUGUAAAAAAGCUUUAUUAAUUCAACAAAAACAGAGAAAGAUAGUUAGAAACCAGAUCUCUUUCAGAUUCAUUUACCAGUUGGGCCCGACAAUGGCAGAAUCUAACUCGGACUUGUUGAAGGAAUUCUGCAUCCCUACAUAUAUAUUUAAUGAUGAAACAAAGAUCUCUGAUGUUCCUGAUGCGCCUAAAUUUCCAGUACUAGUGUUUAUCAACUCCAAAAGUGGCGGUCAGUUGGGUGGGGAUCUUCUUAAAACAUAUAAAAGCAUCCUCAAUGAACAUCAGGUAUUUGAUGUGGGGGAAGAGGCCCCUGAUAAGGUGCUUCACAGAGUUUACAUGAGACUAGAAAAGUUGAAACAAGAAAAAGAUGAAUUUGCCUCUAAGAUUCAUGAGAGAUUAAGAAUAAUUGUUGCUGGUGGUGAUGGGACAGCUGGCUGGCUUCUGGGGGUUGUUUGUGAUCUUAAAUUGCCACAUCCACCUCCAGUUGCGACAGUUCCUUUGGGAACUGGAAACAAUCUGCCGUUUUCAUUUGGCUGGGGAAAGAAGAAUCCUGGGACUGAUCGUAAUUCUGUGUUAUCAUUCUUGGAACAAGUAAUGAAAGCGAAGGAAAUGAAAAUUGACAAUUGGCAUAUUCUCAUGAGGAUGAGAGCUCCAAAGGAAGGUUCCUGUGAUCCUAUUGCACCUCUUGAGCUACCACAUUCUUUACAUGCAUUUGGUCGUGUCUCUUCAACAGAUGAAUUGAACAUGGAGGGUUACCAUACAUUUCGUGGGGGAUUCUGGAAUUACUUCAGCAUGGGAAUGGAUGCUCAAGUAUCUUAUGCUUUUCACACUGAGCGAAAGUUGCAUCCAGAAAAAUUUAAGAACCAGUUGGUUAAUCAGAGCACUUAUGCAAAGCUUGGUUGUACACAAGGGUGGUUUGCCGCAUCUGUUUUUCAUCCUUCUUCGAAGAAUGUUGCCCAGCUUGCAAAAGUGAAAAUCAUGAAGAAACAUGGUCAAUGGCAAGACCUCCAAAUACCUAACAGCAUAAGGUCAAUCAUAUGUCUCAACUUGCCCAGCUUUUCUGGCGGCCUGAAUCCUUGGGGAACGCCAAACAGCAGAAAACUGCGUGAUAGAGACCUGACUCCACCUUUUGUAGAUGAUGGCCUUCUCGAAAUUGUUGGUUUUAGAGAUGCUUGGCAUGGGCUCGUGUUGCUGGCUCCAAAUGGACACGGAACUCGUCUGGCACAGGCACACCGAAUCCGCUUUGAGUUUCAUAAAGGUGCUGCUGACCAUACAUUUAUGAGGAUUGACGGGGAACCAUGGAAGCAACCACUGCCAAUUGAUGAUGAUACUGUUGUGGUUGAAAUUUCUCACCUUGGACAAGUCAACAUGCUUGCUACCCAAAAUUGCCGGUCUAAAAGUGUCCGUGAUGAUCCUUCAUCAACUAGUCAUCACAAUGGUGAGGAAGAUGAUGACAGUGAUGAAGAGGACUCCAGAAAUGAGGCAGAUGAGUUUAGGAAAUUUGGUGCAGCAGCCACCUUCAGAAUCCCUGAUGAGGUUGAUAUUUCUCAACUUAGUUAAACAUUUAAUAUUUCACUCAUCCUGUGUGAGUGUGAUUGUCGGGGUUUCAGUAAUAAUUUGGGUUCAACAAAGGCUGCCGUUCAUAUAUAAAUUGUUGUCAUCUUAAACCAGAUGAUGCCAUCUUAAUGAUGCCAUUAUCUGGAGGAAAUUCUCGUCUUACAAGAUUAUUGCUAACGGUAUUGGCUGGUUAAUUUUGCGGUGGCUCUAACCCAUGAGCAGUGAAAAUGUUUAUCUUUAUUUGAUGUCAGUAUCAAAGUGUCAAUGCACCAAAAAUUUAACGAAUGACAUGCAUUACAAUGUAUAUGACACUGAUAAUAAUAUUUGAGUUAACAUGAUACACUAUUUGAAAGGCUUGCACUGGAACAAUGAGGAUUCCUAGAUAAAUAGACAAACCAGAGUGAACCUCCUUAACAUUUACACAAUCUCAUGUACGGA